AUGCUGGAACCCUUCUUUGCUCCGCCUGUUCCAUCGGUUGACCCGCAGCCGCUUAUCAUCAAGACAAAGCCACGAGCUCGCAGACCAAGUCCUCGCCAACAGGGUCCUAAAAAGUUUGAGUUUGUGUCUUCGGGUCCCGUUGGGAAACCUGCGCCCGAGUCUCGAAAGUUCAUCCGUAGCCAUGUCAUGCGUGGAAAGAAUACCAAGAAGACCUUGACAGUGCUACCAAAACAAGACGAUGUUGAAGAAAUUCAUCGUCCUGCCCCAUUGGCCGUCACAAACUUGACUGAAGACUCCUUAUGGACCGUCGGACAUACCCACUCUCGUGGUGACAGAGCUUGGAUCCAGUCUCCGUCUCUCAUCGCUCAUCUGAUCAAACCUCCUCCCGAUCUAGAACUUUUUACGUUCGCUACCCCACUCGACCAAAAAUCUCAAUAUCUUGUCUGGAGAUUUCUAACCACCAUAAAAGAAACCCUUUACCCAGCAGAAUGGUGCGUCGACUCGGAUUUCCAAAAAGCAUGCUGGUUCCAAUGGCUUCUAGAAGAUCCAGCCUACUUACACUGUGUCUGCUUCAUGGUCAGCGCCUAUCAAGACCUCAUCGCGGCCCGAGGUCGCGGAAAGCACAAUGAGGGUUGGGGUGGGGAGUGUUCUACCUCGACGAGGAACAGGCUGCGACAUACCAUCAGGUUAUUGCAGGAUAGACUGGAAGACCCCAAAAAGCAAAUGGAUGAUACUACGACUGCUACUAUUAUAUCCCUGGCUACGAUGGCUGAUGCUAUGGAUGAUGCACAUGCUUUUGAGGCGCAUUCUAAUGGGCUGCGGCGGAUUGUAAGAAUGAGAGGUGGUUUGCAGGCAUACACACAUAACCGUCAACUUCAGAUCAAGCUAUGUCGCGUCGAUCUUGGAUGGUCCAUAAGAAACGGCUGCAAACCCGAAAUCUACAAUGGCAGACCAACAUGGGAACCCCUCCUCGAAGCCUUUGGAACCGUCGCAUGCUCUUUCGAGAUCCAAGAGCCAUCCCUCAACUUUAUGACCAUGUACUACACCUGGGACUGGCGCCUCCAAAACGCCUUCAAAGACCUCCGCGACUUUUCCGCUCUAGCCAACAAACUCUCCCCGGGGGCUCAAAAGCUCAAACCCGAAGCCUUUCAAGAAAUCAUGCUCUCGAUCCAAUACAGAUUACUGCAGCUUGACUUUUCCUCCGACCCAGAUCCUUUACAAGAAGCGCUCCGCAUCGGCCUUCUAGCAUACGAGUCAACCAUGUUUUUACAGAUGCAGGGGACUAAACUAAAGUCGGAGUCUUUUGAACUUCAGUUUCGAGAGGCGAUACAGGGUAUACCUGUGCAGGGAGAAGCUGUCGCGAAUGUUAAGCUUUGGCUUUUGCUUGUUGGGUCGAUGAUUGUUUUUGAGGGGAGUGAGGAGUGGCUUGUGCAAUCUAUUCGGAGUCUUGCAGGGAGGCAGGGUUGGGAUGAGGUGAGGAGGCGUGUGAGUGAGGUUAUGUGGAUUGAUGUGAUUCAUGAUGGACCUGGUAGAGAGGCGUAUCAGGCGGCGCAGGUUUGUGACCAUUAA